AUGAGGCAUGUCUUUGCAGUUCAGAGUUUCAAAGAGGCAAUAUCUUUUCUUGGUUUGCCUAUUGCACAUACUCAGUUGACCAGCUUAAUUUUUGUCAAUGGAAGAUUAACACGCUCUGCUCGCAUGUUUGAUUCGUCAACAAGGGAUGAUGAGCGAGUCUGGCCAUGGAAUAGGAGAAAGGAGAAACAGAAUAACCAGCACUGGAAUUUAGGGUAUUUUGAGAAACAGCAUUUGGUUAUCGGUGCCGAAUUCUACUUGACCUCAGCAAUACUUAAACUAUCGCCUGAAGAAAGCUUUUUGCAUUUCUGGUGGCAGACUUCAGCUAUGUAA